UGUCUGUUACGUGGCCUGCGUUGUCUUUCGUCACUUUAAGCUUUAGCAGUAUUGUGAGUUUCUUUUUAAUUUUAUAAAUAAAAGGGGCAAUUAGAAACAAACAUUUCUUUUCUGAUUGGGUAAUCAUACAAUGGUUGAUCCGCUGAGUAUUCUUCGUGAAUACAAUGUAAAUAAAAAGCCUAUCACGGAGAGAAAUAAUCAGAUUAUUUUUGGUGAAUAUUCAUGGCCUAAAACUGUGGAGACAAAUUAUUUGGAAUUAUGGCGAAAAAAGGCAGCAAUUAAAAAAUACUAUACUUUAGAAAGUCUCUUAUUUUUCUUGAAAAAUGCCCACUUAUUUCAUCCAGAGUAUGUGAGAAAAGCUGAGGCAGAAAACAUACCUGCUGUGAGACGACCUGAUCGAAAGGAUUAUUAGCAUAUUUAAAUGGGGAAAUUAGCACAUCAGAUGGCAUUGAUAAAGGAGCUUCGAUUGCGAUGCCUACAACAGUUAGCGUGUGUAUGAAGAACAGAAUCAACAGAAAGUUGUUAAAAAACUUAGAUACGAGGAAGAGAAUGGAAUAAACAGAAAACAGAAUAUAGAACAUCAUA